AUGAUUGUCUUGCUGGUAACUUGCCUUGCUGCUCUUCUGAGUCCCUCCGUCCACGGCGUGGAUUUUACCACCUGGCCCACAAUUGCUCCACAAUUCUGUAAUGGAUUCAAGCAAUCUCCCAUCAAUAUCGUGACUGUAAGUGUUCAGGGAAAUCCUAACCUGACCACAUUUAACUUCACUGGUUUUGAUGACAACUCCACCUUCCUGGAAAUCGUGAACUCGGGCGUCUCUGUGGUGGUCAGCCUGAAUAGUAGUAAAAUGGCAGUGCAAGGAGGCGAUCUUCCAGGUCUAUACAACCCUACACAAGUCAGUAUCCACUGGGGUAACGGCAGCUCUUCGCCUGGCUCCGAACACACUGUGGAUGGCAAACAAUACCCAAUGGAGCUGCAAAUUCUGAAUGUCCAUUCGAAAUACAACGGGAAUGUGUCAGCUGCUCUAGCUGCUAAUGACAGCAUAGGAUUGGCUGUUUUCAGUUUCUUCAUCGAGGUGAAUAAUAAAUUCCCCAUGAAAAUUCAAGUCACACUGAACAGUCUGCUUGAAGGGGUGGACAAGACUAAAUAUUACCGUUACCAAGGCUCCCUAACCACACCUAACUGCAAUGAAGUUGUGAUUUGGACUGUGUUUAAACAGCCCAUCAAUGUCAGUCAGAAUUUGAUCAACCUCUUCAGCACAACUCUCAAUUUCAAAGCAGACGGAGCUUCAGUUCUGAUGAAUUGA